CGCCUCUUCAACCCACUCGAUGAGUGCUUCAUUCGUAAUACUGUCCUGCGCGAUCGCGUUGGCGAACUGUCAGCUGAACUAUCGUCAACCUUCUCAUAGCGCUGCGAUUUUGAAAGAUACGCGCUAUCUAUCGGGUGAUGGAACCUUCGGGGCUGCUUACUCCCAGGAAGACGGAGUCGAAUUCAAGGAGGAGAGCGACGAAUAUGGAAAUCGCCGGGGCUCGUACUCCUACGUAGAUCCCACUGGACAAAGGCGCACAGUUACGUACACAGCGGGCGUUAAUGGUUUUCAGGCAAGCGGUGACCACAUCCCGUCCCAGCAGCCGCCCACACCGCCCCAGCCCGAGUACGUGCCCCUGGCCCGGUACAACCCGCCAGACUACCAGCCGCCGCUACGCCCACCUCGUUACCAGCUGAUUCGGCAGUCGUACGAGCCCCGAUACGAGACCCAGGAAUCGGUACAGGUGCCGCCCCCGCCUCGACGCAAUCGACCCCCGGCGACAACUCCACCCGAGCCUGUAAGUAUAACGAUAACUCAGUUGCAGUAUCAGUCGCCCUACUUGGAGUACCCGUCACCCCGAGUACGCUACGAGUCAACGACUGACCGUGCCCAGUACCGACCGACGCCUACGCCACCAUCCCCGGCCCGCUUUUACUACAACGAGCUCACGGCGCCGACGUCCAAAAGGUUCUAUCCACCCGGGAAGCUCGACUUCAACAGGACACCCGACGGUUUCUCUUAUACGUUCAGCAAAAGUUGAG